CAAAGACAUUUCAUUUCUCAAUUGAAUUACUACUAUCUAUUACCCAGUCUCCCACAUACUGAAUCUGUUUCUUCGAUUCACAAUGCUGCCUUCAUCAUCCCCGCAUGUCGUGGCUCUCUGCCUCGCUCUCCUGACAACGCUUCUGCCUGCGUCUUUGGCUCAUUGGGACCAAGACCAGGACUCCAUCCCCCAGCGGCCUUUAUCGAAAGGCCCGAUCAAGGACAUCCCCCAGGUUGGGUUGGGGCUGUGGAAUUCCAAGGAUGAAGAUGCUUCAAAGGCCGUCGAAUAUGCAUUCGAGACGGGAUACAGACACCUCGACUCGGCCGCCGCAUAUGGCAACGAAGCCUUCGUCGGCCGCACACUGAGCAACUCGUCCCUCUCCCCCGCGCGGGAGAGUUACUGGAUCACCUCGAAGCUGUGGAACACGGCGCACCAGCCCAAGCACGUGCGGCCGGCGCUGGAGCAGACGCUGCGCGACCUGCGGGUGCCCUACCUGGACCUGUACCUGAUGCACUGGCCCGUGGCGUUCCUGCCGGGCCAGAAGCCCGGGCGCACGGUGAUCGACCAGGACACGAGCAUCCACGACACGUGGGCGGCGAUGGAGGCACUGGUGGCGGCCAACCUGACGCGGCGCAUCGGGGUGUCCAACUUCUCGCCGCGGCAGCUGGACGAGCUGCUGGCCAAGUGCAAGGUGCGGCCGUGGGCGCACGAGUUCGAGACGCACCCGUACCUGCAGCAGCAGGAGUUCGUCGACUGGCACCGCCGGAACAACAUCACCGUCGUCGCCUACUCGCCCCUCGCCAACAGCAACCCCACCUACGACGGCAAGUACCCGGACCUCCCGCCCAUCCUCGAGGACCCCUUCUGGACCGACCUCGCCGCGACCAAGAACGUCACCCCCGCGCAGGCUAUCCUCGCCUGGGGCCGCCAGCGCGGUACCAUUGUGAUCCCCAAGAGCGUGCAUCAAGACCGGAUCGAAGAGAAUCUGGGGUCGCUGAAAAUCAGUUUCACAGACGAGGAGAUGCUGAAGAUCGCGGAGCAGGACAAGAGAUCCAGGUUCAAUAACCCAAGUAAGAGUUGGGGGGUCGAGCUGUUCGAGGGCUUGGAUGAUGGCAGUAGCCGGUUCAUGAUGAAUGAGGAACUUUAAGAGGACGGCGCGUAAGGGAAAAAUGGUUUUUGGAAAAGCGUGGCAAAGGCAGAAUCUUUCUUGCUAUACUCGACAGCAUCGGAAGAUCGAGGACUCGUUAG